AAAACAUGGUUAAAGAUGUGUCCUGAGAGAGAGGGGAGAGAGGGGGCAGAGGCAGAGGGUGCUGUAAACUUUGGAGGUUGCUUGCGGAACAAGGCUCUCUUUCUCCACCCCUCCCUCUUCUCUCCUCUCUCUCAUAAUCUCAUCAUUAUUAUGGCGGAAUCACAACAACGAGAGAAGCAACAGGAGCAGCACCACCAUCAAGCGCCUCCUCCAAUCCCUACUCCGCCGUCCGAUCCUCCCAACCCAGAUAUGUCGGAGAGCCCCAUCUCAGACUCACCUCGAUAUCCAUCAUGGUUCACCCCAAAAAGGUUGCUCGUGAUGUUCUGUGUGAUUAACUUGAUUAAUUAUGUCGAUCGAGGAGCAAUAGCCAGCAAUGGUGUCAACGGUAGCAUUGGGGUUUGUGAUCCUAGCGGCAUUUGUACCGCGGGUACCGGAAUUCAGGGAGAUUUUAAAUUGAGCAAUUUUGAAGACGGCUCUCUGUCAUCUGCAUUUAUGGUUGGCCUUCUUGUGGCCUCACCCAUCUUUGCAUCGUUGGCAAAGAGUCACAAUCCUUUUAGGCUGAUUGGAGUUGGAUUAUCUAUUUGGACAUUUGCCACAGCCGGGUGUGGUGGUUCAAUUAACUUUUGGACCAUUGCAAUAUGUCGCAUGCUGGUUGGAGUUGGUGAGGCAUCUUUCAUUAGUCUUGCAGCACCAUUCAUCGAUGACCAUGCUCCUGCAACUCAGAAAACAGCAUGGCUUGCUAUGUUUUACAUGUGUAUACCAACUGGAAUUGCCGUGGGCUAUGUUUAUGGUGGAUUUGUGGGAUCCAGUUUCAGUUGGCGUUAUGCAUUCUGGGGAGAGGCAUUAAGUAUGCUUCCAUUUUGUGUAUUGGCUUUUGUGAUGAAACCAUUGGAGUUGAAAGGUCUUGCUCCUGCUGACACAAGAAAAACUUUGGAACCUAUUGAAACAACUAGUCCUUUAAUUGAAGAUUCAGAUGUCACAGAAAAAGCUUCUUGGCCCAGCCCUGCUACAAAGUCUUUGAGCCAACUCUCAAGAUUCUCAAGAGAUAUGAAAGCGCUUUUGCUCGAUAAAGUUUAUGUUGUUAAUGUCUUAGGUUAUGUGUCAUAUAACUUUGUCAUUGGAGCCUACUCGUACUGGGGACCAAAGGCUGGUUAUGACAUUUAUCAUAUGAAUAAGCCAGAUUUGUGGUUCGGAGGUAUUACAAUUGUUUGUGGAAUUCUGGGGACGUUAGCUGGAGGGCUCAUCCUUGAUGCAGUGACUGCCACAAUUUAUAACGCUUUUAAGCUUCUCUCUGUUGCAACAUUUCUAGGCGCAAUAUUUUGCUUCAGUGCCUUCUGUGUAAGGAACUUGUAUGGUUUUGUAGUUCUCUUCGCAUUGGGGGAGCUCCUUGUGUUUGCAACCCAGGCUCCAGUUAAUUAUGUGUCUCUGCAGUGCGUGACACCAAGUCUUAGGCCAUUGGCUAUGGCUGUCUCAACUGUUUCAAUCCACAUCUUUGGUGAUGUUCCUUCCUCGCCUCUUGCUGGAAUACUCCAGGACCAUGUUAAAAAUUGGAGGAUAACAACUCUUGCUGUGACAUCUGUUCUGUUUCUUGCGUCUGGAAUAUGGUUCAUAGGGAUCUUCGUUAGCAACAAGGGUAGUUCUGACGAAGAUGGUAAGGAAGAAGUCUCCACGGUUGAGACAGUCAAAAAACCACUUGAAGAGAACAGAACUGAGGGAGCAAAAGGCCCUGUUAAAGCAUAAAUUUACUAUAGUGAAUGCUUGCAAGUUGCUUGUUUCAUCUAUAAGGUAAUGCCGAUGCGAUAAUUGUUUGCAUGUCUCUGUUACCAUUUAUGCUGGGAAAAUGUGUAAAUAGUGUUAAUUUUCCACGAAAAUCUUCGUGGUUAGUAAAUUCUAGAGUUAAACAGUAACCUGAUCAAUUGAGAAACUCACCUCUUGGUUCCAAUUCACUAUGACUUGUAAUGCCCGAACAAGUGGAGGAUGGUAAUGACGACAAAAUUCAUCUCCAGAAUGCUGAAACCCAUUUGAAAAUUCAUCUGUAGAAGUUUCAAGGUGAGAGUUGUAGUGCUGCUUCCGCUGUUUCCAGAUUAGGCCUCUCUAUCGAAUUAUUUGCCAACAAAUUUUUUGUUGGGAAUUAUGUAUACGAUAAAAAAAGUUUUCUUAUUUAUAGUUGCCCUUUUAAAUCAAUAUGUAGAGUUUUCGCCUUAACUCGGUGAAACAAGCGAUGUAAUUAAGUUGUCUGAGAUGCAAUUCAAUAGUUUCCUAGCUUGUCUAAUAGAAAAACACCAGCAUUUAUAUUAAUGAUAUAAUUUCUUCCUUAA